AUGUCUGAACAGAAACAUGGAAUCGGGCUCAAAGAGAGGAUGCUCAGUGCUGUUGCCGGCUCCCUUCUAACGUCUCUUUUUCUCACACCGAUGGAUGUGGUGAGAGUACGGUUGCAGCAGCAGGAAAUGCUUCCGAACUGUUCAUGUGAAGUAGAGGGUGUUGUUUCCACAGAAUUGACACGGGCAAAUAAGGUUUUCUGGCAAGACCCCUGUUUCCAAGAUGUGCAGUGCAAAGGUAGCACUGUUAGAUUCAAUAGUACAUGGGAUGCCUUUGGCAAAAUUGCAAAAAUGGAAGGUGUCACCAGUUUGUGGCGGGGUAUAUCUCUCACAGUACUUAUGGCAGCACCUUCAAAUGUUGUUUAUUUCGCAGGAUAUGAAUCUCUGAGGGACUGGUCUCCUCUGAGAACUGCAUAUCCAACUUUUAAUCCGUUGUUGUGUGGCGCGUUUGCAAGAGUAAUGGCAGCCACUACUGUUGCGCCCCUUGAACUUAUGCGGACAAGAUUGCAGAGCAUUCCUCGCUCUAGCAGAUCUACCACAACAAUCAUGAUGAUCAAAGAUCUAAUUAAAGAAUCCCGAAUCGAACUAUCUCGUGAUGGAUACAGAGCAUUGUUCAAGGGACUUGAAAUCACACUGUGGCGUGAUGUUCCCUUCAGUGCUCUUUAUUGGGCCACUUACGAGUUUUACAAGUUCCGGUUUUGGUUCCAUUCUUCUAUAACGACUCGAACCUCAACACAUUGGGAUCAGUUCAGCAAUAGCUUCCUUGGGGGUAGCAUAAGUGGCUCAGUUGCUGCUAUAUUGACACAUCCAUUUGAUGUUGGGAAGACCAGAAUGCAGAUUAGCGCUAUCAAUGCCUCUAAUAAAGCGAGGAAACAAAACACCACACUUCAAGAGUCAAAAAUAGGUAUGUUCAGAUUUUUGAAAGAGAUAUCGAGAAAUGAAGGAAUUGGUGCCCUCUAUACCGGUUUGGUGCCAAGGGUAAUGAAAGUUGCGCCCAGCUGCGCCAUCAUGAUAUCGACUUAUGAAGUGAGUAAAAAAUACUUUUCUUCCUGA